CUGCCAAGACAAAUCUACAACCCAGGACCAGGAGGCGCUGCAGGAGUUGGAGGAGUUGGCGGAAUGGGUAGGGCUGGCUAUUAUGGUCCUCGCUACUAUUGUGGUGGCUAUUAUGGUGGUAAUGGUUAUUAUGGUCGCGGAGGUUGGGGUGGCUAUGUGUACAGUAACUAUGGAGGUGGUGAGAACAACAACUACGGUGGUACCAAUAUUGGCAGUAUCAACACCGAAAAUAUUAACGCUAGCAUGUGA